AUGAACAAUCGCAUCCCACAAACAAUAAUCCGGCGGUUAAUCCGGCCCCAAUCAACUUCACCGUUCGCUACAUACCCUUUAUCCCGUUCUCACUACUUAUACUACGAACCUCCCCGUCGACACCUCUCCGUAAACUCUUUCAUUCCGCGAGUAUUCUCUCCGACAUGGUGGUCCCAGCAUCUUCCACAAGGCCUCUUUAAAUCUAAUGUUAAAUCCUCAAAAGAAACGGUCAAACGGAAAUGGGAUCCAGCAUGGGGAUUUAUCCUUCUGGCCUUGUUCGUAGGGUCACAAUCACUUAACAUAAUGGCUUUACGGCAGGAGUCGCAAGUCUUUAUCCGACGGUCAGACGCUAGGAUCGAAACCUUACGGGAGAUUAUUGAGAAUAUACAGAAAGGGAAGUGGGCCCCUGAUGGCGAAGAGGUUGAGAGGGCACUGAGGUUAGGGAAGUCAGAACGUGACGACCGACAGUGGGAAGAAGUGAUGAAAGAGAUCGAGGAGGAAGACUCCAAAUGGCAACAGGAGGCUCAGAGGCGGAGAGAGCUUAUCGAACAGCAAGAAACAGCCAAAGCGAAAUUCGCAGCUCUGGCAAGUCCGACAGCUUAUUCCGAACCGACAGCCUCAGACGAUCCCGCUUCCAAAGCGACUCCUCGACCAAAGAAGAAGAUCACAGCAGAUGAUUACUUUAUGUAA